UGUUUUCUUUAGAAAUUCAAAAUCUAAAAUAAGAGGUGUGUCUACGUGUGUGUUUUUGUCUUUGUAUUAGGGAUGUUUGAUAGUGACUUUUUACCGAUCAUACCAAUAUCGUCUGACUCCAAAUGUCCUUAUUUUUCUUUUCCUCCGUGUCCUGUCUGGCUGUGAAGCAAACAGAAUUAACGUCUGAAUGCUGGUGACAAGCCUUACAGAUUUACACCACAAAAAUAAACAAUCAAUAAUGAACAAGAGUCUGCUUCCAGACCUGCAGAAAGAGGAAAAACAAACAAAAAAAAAGGGACACACAACAAUAAAACAAGUGCAAACUAUCACUGCGUCAACCUGAUGAAGAAAUAUAAAAUCAACAUUGUUUUACUGAACAAUCACGAUAAUAAAUCACAGUGCAUUUAAUGCCAACCACAGCCUUAAGACAUGUGUUAAAAAUGCCCAAGUCCAUACUUAUGAGAGCACCAAGUGAACACCUGUGUGUGUACACGCGCUUGUAUAUGUAAGGUUUCUCUAUAGGAGCGUCCAAAAGAGAGUGUGAGGGGCCACAGAUCUGCCCCCCAAAGAUGUGUAGGAGAUGGAAGGAGCUCUAAGUUCCAGAGAUCCAGGUGCUGCCCCAGUGCACGGGGACCCCAGGGAGACUGUAACCAGAAAAGCCCCAGGCCCCUCUCGAGAGGAGCAGAGGAUUGCCCCAGGCCCCUCUCGAGAGGAGCAGAGGAUUGCCCCAGGGGAUCACAACCAGCAGCCGGCAGAAUCCCGGGAGAUAUCAGCAGCAAGCCCACAGGCCCGCCCGCAACCACCCACCCCUAAGUCGGCCAAGCCCGGAACCCAGCGACCCGGGACCCAGGGGCGGCCAGCCCCGCUGGGGACCCAACAGAUCCCAGGGACUCAGAUCCCACCAGGCAGCCACCAGGAUCAAUCAGACGGACACCCAAGAUCUUAAACCCCCUGACCCGGGAGCCGCAAACACUCAGGCAGACCAAAGCACCACACUCCUGACUCCAAAUCUUCGAUACCGAUAAAUGCUGUGUCCCCCUUUCGUGAUAAACGCAAAACAAAAACAUUUUCGGUAACUUAAUAUCACGUCUCCUAUCGUGCACGUUUACAUUUUUUAUGUUUUUUGGGCAAAAUGGCAACUACUUGAAUUUAAGCUGGUUAUAGGAAAAGUGCCAUAUUUAUUUUGUCUCCAACAGCAGCUAAAUAUCUUUCUCCCCAAGUAAUGUAUUACUUCCAUGCUUUCGUUCUUUUUUAAACACAGAAACAGUUUUGUUUACCUGUUUGUAGCUACGGUUUCGCCGACAGCUGCCGGCUUCUUCAGGCUGACGCUGAUGGUGGCGCGUCACAGGUGUUAAAAUAACAUUUACUAAGCUGCUUUCUUUAUAAAGGACCCUUCUGAUGGUCUGAUAAUGUAUUACUUUUUCUGUAUAUUGCAGUUAUGACGAGGGUUUGAAUUACGGGGGAGCUAAGGGGAGCCUGGCUCACCCGAAAAGGUGACAUGCUCCCCUGGAAGCCCUUGACUUACACACCCAGGGGGAGCCUGAAAAAGCUCCUGGUUCUACUUGUAUUACAUUAUUUACGUAGACUCUCCGGGGAUUCUUAUGAGUGGAGACGAUGCAGAUCGCUGAUCAUUGAUGCGCUCCAGACAGCUGUGUCCUGUGCACGGCCACAGUAACAUUCUCAAAGUGUUCCCACCCCAAAAAAAUAUAAUUAACACACAAUCGCAGACCUGCCAACCUUGUCAGAAAAUUUUGAGUACCACUUGUGCAGCGUUUUUCGCGGACUUUUGCAACUCCAUUGCUUUUCAUGCUGUAAUCUUUUCACUUGGUGAAAAAUUUUACACACACACACACACACACACACACACACACACACACACACACACACACACACACACACACACACACUUGUUCAUAGUUAUUAUUUUGACUAGUAAGGUUAUAGACAUUUUUACUGUUUGACCUGACUCCAAAGUAUCAUUUAUUUUAAUAUUAAACAGUAAAACUUUAAAGUUUCCUUAUAUAAUUUUUUUGCUUAUACAAGUUACUUUCAUUAAAUUUUAAUACAAAAUAAUAAUUAAAAAAAACAUUUAUAUGUAUUUAAUGGUAAUUAUUUAUUUUGUAAAUUACAAUAGGUGUUUCUGUUCUCAAGAAUGUAAUAUUAAAUUGGCUGUUCUUGAUAUUUGGACAAAAACUUCUGAGACACCUGGACCCUCUUCUUUUUGGCAGGUCUGCUAACCAAUCCCUCCCUGUCUGCUUCUCCCUCACCUGCAUGAGCAUCAUCAACAAUACAACUGUUGGUUAUAACUUGAGGAUUAUGAAGUUAAAACAAUUGUACCAGUAAUUCCUAAUUUACUGCAAACACAAUGCAGCUGGAUUGUGUUUGCUGUUGCGUUUCUGAGCCGAGAGGAAACGGUGUGACGGGCCAUCCCAUGGCUGAUUUUUCGUUGGAUGAAACAAAACUCUGUAUAUGUUGUUUAUUUUAACAAGCAGUUUGAGUUCCUACAGCGCUUGACGCUCGGCCACUCUGCACAACAACACGGAGAGGAAGGGAAGGAGUGGAAAAACUAGUUGUGAACAAAUUCUUGAGAUCAGCUAGUUUUUAAAAAAUUCAAGUGUUUCUACAGUUUUGAGUAAAUCUGUGAAGUUGGUUAGAAACAGGUGUUAAAAUAACAUUUACUAAGCUGCUUUCUUUAUAAAGGACCCUUCUGAUGGUCUGAUUAUGCAAUAAUUAGAAAUUAUUUAUAUAUUUUUUUCUUUUUAUUUCGACUUGCAUAAUAUUCUAAGAGUGAAAAACCUUUUGAUCCACUAAUCUUUGUUUAUUUCAGAUUUGUGGUCCGUGUUGUGGAUGUCAUGUGGAUUUUUUUUCUAGUUUUAUCUUGGACGUCUCUUGUUUGGUUUCAGCCCCUGAAUGAGAAACUUGGUUCCUUUCCAGCAGAGAUGAUCUCACAGGACUGUCCUCCCUCCGGUUCCAUCUGUCCACUUGUCAUUUUCCCAUAAUCCUGAGUCUAUUUCUUGUGUUUCCUCCUGUUUUCUCCUCCUCUCCUGCCUUUUCCAGCCUCCCGUCCGGAUCAGUGUCCUCGUCUGCUCUUCCUGCCCCCGUUCAUCAUUUAAGCUGUUCUUCUUUUUCUCCCGCGCUAUCCCUUUUUACUCUUUCUAUCACCCCACUGAUUCAUCAUGUCUGAGAUUAAUUUGGGAUUAUGCGUUGGAUUGGUUUUAGCAGUUAUGUAAAGGCCCGCUCUGGGGCCAGAAUGAUUUUGUGGGAUUAGUGUUCUGGGUUGUGUGUUUUGAUGGGAAAGGCGGGGACUCGUGAUGACGACGGCUGGUGAGACCAUCACAACAAGCUGACCUGAGCAUCAGUCUAAGGGCCGGGACUAAGAGAGGAUGAGUAAAUGCUGGUGGACAUUUUCUCCCGUUCAGUAUUGUUUUAUUCAGUUUAUUCCUGAUUUGGAAUAUUUGGGGGACGACCUUGGCGGCUGGACUCUCUCACGUUAGCAGCUAACUGGAAUCAUCUCUGAAUUUUCCUUGGGCAUGAAAACUUUUUUGGAAAUGUUCUUCACUUCUUCCACGUUUUUUUUUUUCUUAAGUGAGAAAUAAAAAUGAUGUUCUGCACAACUUUUCUUUCUGCCCCUUCUGAAGAACGGAUUUCUGAGGGUGAAGAAGGAGCUGGAGGCCCGGGACCCGGAUGUUUGUCUACAUUUCACUGCCUUAUUCUCCCUCAGGAUGAACUUUACUCCUCCAUCUCUGACCCAUCCUCUCCAUUUUCCAUUUACACACAAGGCCAAACUUGCAGCUUGACCCGUAAAUCGUUUUUAGACGUAAAAGCGAGCUCCUGUCCACCAGGAGACGGCGUUUGUGAUGAUGUAAGGGGGCGAUGCACUCGGUCGGUAUCGCCUUCACCCAGACAGACUCCCAAAUGUCCCUGUAGGGAUGCUGUAGUAGGACCUUCGUUGCACAUCGCUACUGUCGACAUAAAAAACCCAGAGAUCAGUGGUGUCCACCGCCCCCCCAACAACACUCAGAUGAACAGCAUGAUGCACUCCUCAUUCCCUAGGAGGAUUAAAAAGGACAAAGGGAGCAACAACAACAAGAAGAAGAAGCUGACCAAGGCAGACAUCGGCACACCCAGUAACUUCCAGCACGUCAGUCACGUAGGAUGGAAUCCAAGUACAGGUUUUGAUCUGAAUAAUUUGGAUCCUGAGCUGAAGAACCUGUUUGACAUGGCCGGCAUUUCUGAGGCUGAGCUGAAGGACAUGGAGACGUCUAAAGCCAUCUAUGACUUCAUUGAGAAGAACGGGGGUGUGGAGGCCGUCAAAAACGAGGUACGGAGACAAGGUCCGCCCAGGUGGAGCGCUCCUCCUCCACCACCACCUCCACCCAGGGGCGGACCUCCUGCCCCACCUCAGUCUCACAGCUCAGCUCCUCCACCUCCUCCAUCCCGAGGACCCGUGCGGGGCGCCCCGCCCCCUCCUCCCCACUCCAGACCUCCUUUCUCUGCGCCCCCGCCCCCGCCUCCAUCCCGACCGGGCAUGUCUGCUCCACCGCCUCCCCCGCCCAACCGAGGUGGGCCCCCGCCUCCCCCUGCGCCAUCUCACGCCUCCGUUCCCCCACCCCCUCCUCCUCCUCCUCCUCCUCCAGCUUCAAGUAAUGGCGGUCCUCCUCCACCACCUCCUCCCCCGCCACCUGGUCUUCCUCCACCCACGGAGGCUAACGGCGCAGACAAGUCGGCUCUGCUCAGUCAGAUCAGAGAUGGGACAAAGUUGAAAAAGGUGGAGAUGCCUGCACCCGGCGGAGGCGGCGGCGGCAGAGACGCACUCCUGGACCAAAUCCGAAAAGGGAUCCCCCUGAAACCUAGGGACGAUAACACGGACUCCACACCCGCUCCCGCCGAGCCGGCGUCGGGCAUCGUGGGGGCGCUGAUGGCGGUGAUAAAGAGAAGGGGCGAGGCCAUUCACUCCACAGAUGAUGAAGAUGACGACGAUGACGACUACACUGACGAAGAUGAUGAAUGGGAGGACUCUUGAUUUUUUUCCCCCUCUCCCCAGUCUUUGGAUGAUCAUGACACUAAAUUUGUUCCCAUCUCUCUAAAAAUUGUUGAUUUUGAAAAUUAUAAAUAUGAAAGUUCUAUCAGUUUGCUGUAUAUUUUUGUUGCCUUUAUGCUUUUUUUUCUAUUAAUCUGUGCAAUACCUCAUUUAACCUGUAAAAUCUGUUGUUCUGUCCUUGAUUUCCCCUUUGUCUGUGUUUCCCACAUCUCUCUCUAUCAGAUCUGGUUUUAAUUGUCUUGUUUCUCCUUUCACAUCUUUGCUGUAGUGUUUCCUGUCAGGUUCAUCGUGAGUCACUCGUUUUUCCUUUCUGCUGCCUCCCAUCACGCAUCAUCUCUCCCUGUCAUUCUCCUUUGUUCCCACAUUAAUGUGCAAUUUUAAGUCUCAAACAUUAGGCCUGAAUGUGCUUUUUGUUUCUUUUUGUUUUUACAAGUGAGAGGAGCUGAAAGACCGCAAGACAAGUUGCCACAAACCUUUAACUACUUGUAUCAAAGGAGAGGAAAAGAUGCUAUUUUCAUACUCUAAAGCUCUGUAGUUUAUUUUUCAUAUUCGAAUGAUUCUAGUUUAGUGCUUAUAUUUUCACAAAACAAAGAAAACAUGCUCUUUUUGGAAUAUUUAGCUUCAUUCGCUGUGGACUGUAAACUUACUUCAGGUUGAGUCUUUAAGUUUUUGCACAGAUUAAGAGGAGACAUAGAUCAGAACAUUUUCAUCAGACUUCGUCUCCUGAUACACAAAUCCCACUACAUAAGGAACGGAGGACGCCUGGUGUCGAGGUUGACUGUUUUCUUUGUCACACUACAGAUUGAGUUACAUUUGUGCUCAAUUUCUUUUUUAUUUUUGUUUUACAGUAGCAAGCAAGAGUAUUACUAAAAGCCUGUAUUGUAAGCAGGCGAGUCAUCAUGUGAUGCUUCGAGGAAUAAAGACAUGAUAAAUGAAUUAAAGUUUAUGUUUAAUACAUGAAA